UCGCCCUACGCGAGGCAACACAAAGCAGUCUGGCUAUGCGAGGCAGUGGCCGCGGUAUUUUCAACAUGGCGGAACAGCGAACUGAAAUGUGGAGAAAAGAAUUAUUACAGAGAGAAAUUCAAGAACUUACGGUGUUGCAGAACGAAUUGAGUAAUCUCAAAGCAAACAGGUCAGUGUAUACUCAACAAGGUAACAGUGACGUCUACUUCAAAACUGAUCAUGUACACACUCUUAGUCACAUCAAUCAUCUAUUGGAUGAACGCACUCAAGAAUGGAAUAAACUCACAAAGCAAAACUUUGCUGAGCAAACUGACAAAUGAAACGAAAAUUUUCAUGGACGUGUAGAGCAUUAGCUCAUAUAUACACUCAGGAAUAAUAGAGUUGGUAUAUGUAAGAAUUAAAAUACAGUUUUUCUUUAUUUAUCGUGUGGUUUCAAA